AUGGUUGGAGACUCAUCAUUAUCAUCCUCAUUUGUUGCUGGAACUCCAGAAUCCACCACCACCACCACUUCCUGGCCAUGGCCCUCCUGCACCACCACCAAAACCCUCUCUUUCCGAGCCACCACCACCGCCACCACCUACGCCACGGCCCACGGCGGAGACAUCUUCAAAACCAUAAACUCCGCCUACGCCGGCAUAACCGACUCCGGCAGCCGGAGGAUUGAUGAAUCCUCCACCACCGCCGCCGCCGGAGGAGGAGGGGAGUCGAUAGAGGCGGUGAUAAAUGGGCUUCGGUCGGCGGAGAGGUUGUUUUUCUCUCCGGGAGAGACUAGUUCUUCGAUAAUGGAAGAAGCAAAGAGUGAUGGGUUUAUCUUCAAAGAGAGCGUGGUGAUGGCUAUGGAAUCGAUAAACCCUUACGCCGACUUCAAGCGGUCCAUGGCGGAGAUGGUGGUGGCUCAUGGGUUGAUGAACAAAGACUGGGACUCUCUUGAAGAGCUCUUGAGUUGGUAUUUCAGAGUCAAUGAUGAAUCCAAUCAUGGGUAUAUUGUUGGUGCUUUUGUUGAUUUAUUAGUUGAUCUUGCUUUUGCUUCUUCUUCUUCAUCAUCAUCAUCAUCAUCAACGAGUACUACUACUAGUGUUCUCUCUCCUAUUUCACCAUUGUCAUUUUCUUGUUCGAGUUCUACUAUUAGUCCUUGUUUGUCUUUGUUAGAAGAAGCUGAGGAUGAGAUUGAGAAAAGAGAGGAUAAUGGUUCGUCUUCUUCUUCAUCAUCUUCUUGA